CUCUCUCCCCGCUCCCCGCAAAACCAAAAACCUUCACCUUGUGUUCUUCUCCUUCCGUGUCUAAGAAGAUGGUAGAAUUGGCGGAGCUGCCGAGUCGCCUAGCGAUCCUGCCCUUCAGGAACAAGGUCCUCUUGCCUGGGGCCAUCAUCCGUAUCCGCUGUACUUCGCCGAGCAGUGUGAAAUUGGUGGAGCAAGAGCUGUGGCAUAAGGAAGAGAAGGGUUUGAUUGGCGUGCUUCCAGUUAGGGAUACUGAGGCUGCCGCCGUGGGGUCAAUGAUAGCUCCAGGUAUGGGGAGCGAUUCAGGGGAGCAAAGUCUGAAAGCAAAAGCAGAUGUGGGAGAAUUUCAGAAUCAGGAUGCAAACAACGAGCAGGAACUUAUGCACUGGCACCACAGAGGAGUUGCUGCUAGAGCUUUGCACCUCUCCCGAGGAGUUGAAAAACCAAGUGGGAGGGUUACCUACAUUGUUGUUCUUGAAGGGUUGUGCAGGAUCAGUGUUCAGGAACUCAGUACAAGAGGAACAUAUUAUGUUGCACGUAUCAGCCGUCUUGAUUUGACAAAGUCUGAGCUGGAGCAAGCAGAACAAGAUCCAGAUCUUGUUCUGCUAUCUCGCCAGUUUAAAGCUACUGCCAUGGAGCUAAUUUCUGUUCUUGAGCAGAAGCAGAAAACUGUUGGUAGGACAAAAGUUCUUCUUGAGACAGUUCCUGUGUAUAGGCUGGCGGACAUAUUUGUUGCUAGCUUUGAGAUAAGCUUUGAGGAGCAGUUAUCAAUGCUAGAUUCAAUUGAUUUAAAGGUUCGACUCUCAAAGGCAACUGAAUUAGUGGAGAGACACUUGCAGUCGAUUCGUGUGGCAGAAAAAAUAACUCAAAAGGUUGAGGGUCAGUUAUCAAAAUCACAGAAAGAAUUUCUUCUCAGACUGCAGAUGAGGGCUAUAAAGGAAGAACUUGGUGAUAAUGAUGAUGAUGAGGAUGAUUUGGCUACCUUGGAGAGAAAGAUGCAGAGUGCAGGAAUGCCUCCUAAUAUAUGGAAGCAUGCUCAAAGAGAACUUAGGCAACUGAAAAAGAUGCAGCCUCAGCAGCCUGGAUAUGGCAGUUCACAUGGAUACUUAGAGAUUCUUGUGGAUCUUCCAUGGCAGAAAGUCAGUGAAGAACCUGAACUUGAUCUUAAAGCUGCCAAAGAAAGUCUCGAUCGUGAUCACUAUGGGCUGGUCAAAGUUAAACAACGGAUCAUUGAAUAUCUAGCUGUUCGAAAGCUUAAACCAGAUGUCGGAGGUCCUGUGCUUUGUUUUGUUGGUCCACCUGGAGUUGGAAAGACAUCAUUGGCAUCAUCAAUUGCAGCUGCUCUGAAUAGAAAAUUUGUACGUAUAUCUCUAGGUGGUGUCAAGGAUGAGGCUGAUAUAAGAGGACACCGAAGGACGUACAUCGGAAGCAUGCCAGGACGUUUAAUUGAUGGAUUAAAGAGAGUGGCUGUUAGCAAUCCGGUUAUGCUGCUUGAUGAAAUUGACAAGACAGGUUCUGAUGUUCGUGGGGAUCCUGCAUCAGCAUUAUUGGAAGUCCUUGACCCAGAGCAGAACAAGACUUUUAAUGAUCAUUAUUUGAACGUCCCCUUUGACCUGUCAAAGGUAAUUUUUGUUGCGACUGCAAAUAGAAUUCAACCUAUUCCUCCGCCACUCUUGGAUCGGAUGGAAGUCAUUGAGCUUCCUGGAUAUACACCUGAUGAAAAGCUGAAUAUAGCCAUGAAGCAUCUUAUACCACGAGUCUUAGACCAGCAUGGUUUAAGCUCUGAGCUCCUCCAAAUUCCUGAGGGUAUGGUGACGCUAAUAAUUCAGAGAUAUACUAGAGAAGCUGGUGUACGUAAUCUGGAGAGGAACCUAGCUACUUUGGCUCGUGCUGCUGCUGUCAAGGUUGCUGAGCAAGAUUCCACCAUGCAACUUAGCAAAGAUGUACACCCAAUGACAACUUCCUUUUUGGACACACGAGUUGCUGAUGGUGCUGACAUUGAAACGGAAGUUAUUCCUAUGAGCGUCAGUAGACAGGAGAUAUCAAAUUCUUUCACAAGUGCCUUGGUGAUGCUUGUAGAUGACGCUAUGGUGGAAAAAGUGCUUGGGCCUCCUAGAUUUGAUGAUAGUGAGACUGCAGAUCGGUUAGCAACUCCAGGAGUAUCUGUUGGGCUUGUCUGGACAUCCUUUGGUGGAGAGGUUCAAUUUGUUGAAGCCACAGCAAUGAUGGGCAAGGGUGAUUUGCAUCUUACUGGACAACUUGGUGAUGUUAUUAAAGAAUCAGCACAAAUAGCUCUUACAUGGGUGAGGACAAGAGUAGCAGAUCUUAAGCUGUCAGCAACUGGUGAAAUUAAUUUGCUCGAGAAUCAAGAUAUUCAUAUACAUUUUCCUGCUGGUGCUGUGCCGAAGGAUGGACCAUCAGCGGGAGUAACUUUAGUGACAUCAUUAGUAUCACUGUUCAGUCAAAGAAAAGUUAGGGCAGAUACUGCAAUGACUGGGGAGAUGACUCUCAGAGGCCUUGUAUUGCCUGUCGGUGGUAUCAAGGAUAAGAUAUUGGCGGCUCAUCGAUAUGGCAUCAAACGAGUUAUAUUGCCUGAACGAAAUUUGAAGGACUUAACUGAAGUUCCAUCAGCAGUUCUUGGUGGCAUGGAGAUGCUACUUGUGAAGCGCAUUGAGGAUGUGCUGGAGCAAGCAUUUGAAGGUGGAUUUCCCUGGAAACAGCAUUCCAAGUUAUAGCAUCCAUGUAUCUCCCCUUGAUAACAAGAAGAUGGAUCCACUGCUCAGACCUGCAGUCGCAAACUUACGUGAAUGAUCACCACCAAUCACUUGGAAUCCUGCAAUGCACAAAAUGUCACUUACACGAAUCAAUGCCCAAUCGCAGUACGUCCGAUGCUGCAUCGGUGUUAUUUAUAUUCCAGUUCAGUGACUGUAUUCUGAGGGAGAUCAGUGAAGCAAGAAGCGAUGGCAUGUGCUGUUUUGCAUGUACACCUACAUCAAGCUGAUGACUGUUGAUGGAUAUAAAGAAUCAACCCCAUUCUCUCCUGCCAAUCAAAAUCUGAACAUUUGAUGUCUCUUCAACUUUACGUUCAUCUUAGUGACUCUUUUCUGUGAAUGGAGCAUUGUUGAUUGUUC